CCCCAGUCCCUCAGCCAAAGAGCACACUGGAGGCGGAGAGGCAGCAUCCACCAGCCCGCUCCCCGCCUCCAGGACAGAGCCUCGGUCUGCAUGGGGGUGACAGGUACCCAUGGAUUUCCAUGCUGCAGCAAAGGGUCAGUGGAGGUUGCAGAGAUGCGAGAUGAUUUAAGUCAACAUCAGAUACAAGAGGAACAGGAGGGGCAGGACCUCCUGCUCCUGCUCCUGCCUCCUCAGCUUCGAGUUGAAACAUUUCAGCUGGAGGCAGACAUGCUAGAGCAGAAGCCCCAACUCAAAGUGGAUCCGGACCUGGACCCAGACCCAGAUCCAGACCCAGACCCAGAACUGGAGAUCGGACAGGUGCCGGCUUUACUGGAGUCAGAGCUAUACCCAGCCCUCAAGCUUGAAGCUGAGCAGGACACGGAAGCCAACUGGAACGAGGAGUCUGACUUCGAAGAACCCAUGCAGCUGGUAUGCAAAAUAGAGUCCGUCCACUCCAACAUGGGGCUGCCCACGCUACAGACCUUCAGACCAUGGAGUCUGAAUUCAAACUACCAGAGUUUCACGGAGGAGAACCACAUGUCUGCCUGCCAUCACUCCAUCAGUGCGCAGACCUCCAAGCACCUCUUCUGGGCAAACAAGCUCAUCCAGGCCUCAGAGCACAGCCUGCAGCGGGCCAUCAACAUGCAGCUCAACAAUGGCAGCGCAGGCCAACCCAUCAGAUCCCCCCUCCAGGAGGCCAUCCCCAAUGCCCUGUGCUCUGAGGAGCAGCUCCAGAUCCCUGAUGCCCACUCAGCUCCUCCAGCCACAAGCUCCCAGGCACCAAGCCCCCUCCUGUCCUCAGAUCUCCCGCCACCCAUUGGCCUGGCAGAGCUAAUCACCUUUGCAUCUUCCCUGGCCAUGGCCUCCUCCAGCAGGAUAGACCUGCCCAGUUUGGAACACAUGAUGAAAGCUCCACCCCAGGAGGCUCUGGAGCCUUCCACAGAGCCCCUCCUGACCACUGUGGAGGAGCAAGAGCCAGAAAAGCACGCAGAGAGCCUGCCAGAGAAACCACGUGAAGCCAGAGCACCACUGAAAUCUUGGAGUCAGGAAGACAAGAACUUCGCUCAAGCUUACUUUGACUUCGGCAAGCCAGGGAUCAAGAGGGCCACCAUCGAAGGGCAAAUGCAGCUUCUCCAGCCACCAGCCACGUCCCCUCUGCUGCAGGGAGGCAAGGAAGACUCAGUGCCACCAGGAAAAGAGAAAGAAAAUCCAUUAUUGGUGAAAAUCCAUUUUAAGCUGUCAGCCCCCACAACCCCAGAGAAAUGACUAGACAGAACCAAUAAAGCCUCCAGUGCUGAC